UCUAGGGCGCUCCAGGAGCCGCCUCCCCAGCCGCUGGCACCCCAAGCCUCCUUCCUCGCCAGUCGGGACGCUGUUGCCUGGUCCUUGCCCGCUGCUCCCCGAUGAGGCUGCGAAGCUGCAACUAAGUGGAGUUGGCCUCCCUGUCCACCUGUGGAAGAAGCUCGCGCUGAUUGAUGCGCCAUCGACUUCCCCCACCCCCACCCUUGACUUUCUAGGAGUACCCUCCCUCAAAUACAGCAUCACCCAGUGAAUUACAUGAGGGUGACUUUCUCCCCAGCUUCGGGCUUUGUUUGGGUUUGAUUGUGUUUGGCUCUUCGCUAAGCUGAUUUAUGCAGCAGAGCCCCAUCGGCUGGAGAGAAACAAAAGCUCUUUUCUUUGUCCCGGGGCGGACUCUGGAGCCCUCGCUCGCGUCGCCGCCGCGGGCCAUCGGCCGUCUGUCCGAGGAGGUGUUUUUCGCCGAAAUCGCAGGCACCGCGGUGCAGAGCUGGAAGGGCCGCGGGGGCCCUGAGAUGCGGAGCGGUGCCCCGGCCCGCAUACCUGCACUGCUCGCUCCGAGCUGCGGGGGCCGCCUGCCGGGCCUGCGGGAAAGGUCCUAGCGACUCUCGGCCCGCGGGCCCCGAGGUGCGCCCUGAAAGCGCGAACGCGCGCCAGCAAGCGGCCAGGCGGCGGGCGCGGGGCGGGCUGCUUUGCAUUAUGUGCGGCUCGGCCCUGGCUUUUUUUACUGCUGCAUUUGUCUGCCUGCAAAACUGCCAGCGAGGUCCUGCCUCGUUUCUCCAGGCGGCCUGGGUGUUUUCACUUGUUCUUGGACUGGGCCAAAGCGAAGACAACAGAUGUGCAUCGUCAAACGUAGCAUCAUGUGCCAGGUGCCUUGCGCUGGGUCCGGAAUGUGGAUGGUGUGUUCAAGAGGAUUUCAUUUCGGGUGGAUCAAAAAAUGAACGUUGUGAUACUGUUUCCAAUUUAAUAAUCAAAGGCUGCUCAGUGGAUUCAAUAGAAUACCCACCUGUGCGUGUAAUAAUACAAAGUGAAAAUGAAAUUAAUACCCAAGUGACACCAGGAGAAGUGUCAAUCCAACUGCGUCCAGGAGCUGAAGCUAAUUUUAUGAUGAAAAUUCAUCCUCUGAAGAAAUAUCCAGUGGAUCUUUAUUAUCUCGUUGAUGUAUCAGCAUCAAUGCACAAUAAUAUAGAAAAAUUAAAUUCCGUUGGAAAUGACUUAUCUAGAAAGAUGGCAUUCUUCUCCCAUGACUUCCGCCUUGGAUUUGGCUCAUACGUUGAUAAAACUGUUUCGCCAUACAUUAGCAUCCACCCUGAAAGGAUUCAUAAUCAAUGCAGUGACUAUAAUUUAGACUGUAUGCCUCCCCAUGGAUACAUCCACGUGCUGUCAUUAACAGAAAACAUCACUGAGUUUGAAAAAGCAGUUCACAGACAAAAGAUCUCUGGGAACAUAGAUACCCCAGAAGGAGGUUUUGAUGCAAUGCUUCAGGCAGCUGUCUGUGAGAGUCACAUUGGAUGGCGAAAAGAAGCUAAAAGAUUGCUGCUGGUGAUGACAGAUCAGACAUCUCAUCUUGCUCUUGAUAGCAAAUUGGCAGGCAUAGUGGUGCCGAAUGACGGAAACUGCCAUCUGAGAAACAAUGUCUACGUCAAAUCAACAACC